AUGUUACGUCUUCUAUAUGGCGCCGUGGCCAUGUCAACAGGUGUCUUUAUCUUCUCUUUCCUACAAGAGCGUGAGAAGAAUGAGGAUAAAGAACUGAAAUCCUCAAAGCGUCUUGUAAAUGCAGAGUUAUUCUUUCAAGCAAUUGAGAAUAUGCCACACUUGUCGACCCACGAGCGGCUUGAAAUGCGACGGUUUUGGCGUCAUUUGGUCAAGAAACAACAACAAAAACGCCGUGAGAAACGAAGAAGAAACGACUUGGAUGCAAUAUUGAGUGACAAAAAUAAGGAGGAGGAGGAGGAAGAGUCGAUUAUGCUUGAUGAUGGUGAAGAUCAAUUCGUGGUAAAGGAUAUUCAGCUGUUUGCACAGGAAUACAAACGUGUGUUUCCAGACCUUUUUCCAGAGAAACAAGUGUUGGAAGCAGUAGAAAAAGCAGCUGAUGCAGUGAAAGUAAUUCCAAGUGGAUGGACUGGAUUUAUGGAUAGUACAAGCACAAUGAUAUUGUCAACAGGCAAGAGAUUAAAUCAUAUUGCAAAGGAUACGAAGGAUGAGGUUCAACUUGCAAUGCAUCGGACUGUGAGAAAAGUGUUGGAGAGUGCAUUGGAUAUUGUUGCGUCAAGGCUGAAACAAACAUUAAAAGAUCCAGAUAUGCCCAAGUAUUUAAAGUCAAAUAUUGAUAUUGCCAUUGAACAAUUUAUGCCGGAUGUUAAGAUGGAGAUUUUUAAAAAAACACGUGAAUUGUUUGGUCAGGACGUACCAAUGAAUCAAAUGGAGGAAAUUGCCAAUGGAUAUACGAGUAAAGGUGGAAGUGUUUUGCUGACGGAACGAGGAGACGUUAGUGUUGCUCCAGUCUUGAGUCAAAGGUUUAGCUAUUUUCGCUACGUUCGUGGACAUAUCUUGCAUCACUUGUUUCCACAUGAUAAGACGAUCUGGCGAUCGUUCAAGGACCCUUGGUGGAUUGUGUACACGAGUGUGGGUCUUUUGCCGGCAGUGGGCCAGUUGUGGUGGAUUUUUCUGUUUAUUAUCAAGGACAAGACGAACGAGCACCAGUUGUGUGAGUUCAUUGUCGGCUUCAAAGCAGCGCAAUUCGUUACACUAGGCAUCAUGCACAUGAUGUUUGGAACUUGUAUGUAUGUGAUGUGUGUCGUGCAAGGAUCCAUGUUGGCCUGUCAAGAUGGAGGUGGUCCUGCUCUGAGUGAAGGGAUGGCUAGCUUCUUUGUGCUGCAGAUCGUGCUUGUCUGGGCGGCAUUUUUCCGAUUACCUUACACGCACCGUCCACAGGAGACUACAUCGUAUCGGAAAAAAUCAAUGGAGUUACGAGAACGUGGUGUAUUUCACGAUGCAUUUCGUAAUGAAGUGCACUUGAAUCGUGGCGGCUAUCUGGUAAAGUUUUGCGGGUACGAGACAGUAUCCUUCAUCGUGAUCAUGGCCCUUGCGGGUCUUGUGCUCUGGUUACCAUUCGAAUCGUGGCAACGUCAGGCACUUUUCUAUUGGAUUCGCACGGCCUACGGACUCUUUUCGUUCCCAUUUCUGAUUUUCAAGAUCCCUGUACUGGCAAAGGUAUUGAUGCACACACGACAAAUGGGCUACAACGAGCAAGGUGAUACGGUCCGUUUUUUUGUCAAGAAGCGGGUUGAGUGA